CCCUCAACGUCUCUCCUUAUCACCAACAAGCCUAUUCCUGCGAGUCUCUGUACCUCGGAUUGUAGAAGAACACGGAGCUCCGUUCCAGACCGCUUUCUCUCGGGGGUUCUUCACAAACUCUACAACCCUGUUCUUAUUUCUCUUCUCCGAUUCUCCAAUUCUUGAAUUUUCUCGAGGCUUUUGAUAUGUUCCGAUAGGUAGAUAUUAAAAUUGAAUAGUAUUUAAUCAACAAGUGAGAAUUCAAGGAAAGGGAAGAUGACGUCUUUUUCAAAUGCAUUUCUGUUUCAAGAUGGAUUCACGGGGGGUUUAGCAGCAGCAAGUGGUGCGCUUGCUGGGAAAUCUCGUUCUCAAAAGUUCCAGACACCAUUUGUAGGUAUAUUUCCUUCAGGCAAACUGCAAAAUCCUACUGAUAGAUACUCUCAAAGGAAGGCCGGACUAUUACCUUCUAUAAGGUGUGCAAGGAAGGAUGGGAAAUUUGAUCCAUCUUCCAUCGAACCACCGCCAUACCAUAGUUACUUUGAUUCCACAUCCGGGCAGCUUGAGCCAGCAUCUGGCGCCCGGGCAAGUAUACCUGGGAGGGAGUACUGGCCUGAAGGAACUGCUAGCCGGGUGAGGGCAGCCAGGGCUCCUGAACCACUUGGCAAGUCAAAAGGGAAGCCUUCAUAUGGAAACAGUCCUGGAAGCAGGAGGAAAAAGUACAAGGGGCAGGCUGCUGCUUCUGAAAUUUCAGAAAUGAGUAGUGUUGUGACUCACCCACCACCUGUGCUUGAGUCUUUGGAUGAUGUUUCUGAUGAACCUAAAGACCCAUCUGAGGAAUAUGUUGUUUAUCAGACAGAACGGGAGAAAAAGAAUUUCAGUCCUUAUGAGUUGGAUAAAGAAAUGGGGCGACCGCAUGCCUUUGUUGAUCCAGCUUCGAGUAAGCCCAUAGAAGAGCCUCAGACAAGUGAAGAUUUGUGGUGGAAUUGGAGAAAGCCUGAUGAGGAGCAAUGGUCAAGGUGGCAAAGAAGGCGUCCAGAUGUUGACACGGUGUUUGCAAAGGCAAUGGCAGAGACUGGGCAAAUAAAGCUUUAUGGAGACUAUCCUACAAGAACUGAAGCAGCUCUUGCAAGGGCAAGAAGACAUGUAUUCAAGGAGGAAAGUAUGGGGUGGUGAUCCUGUUUACCCAACUGUGAAUUAUGUUCAAGACCCUGAUGAGGUCAUCGACUAUAGAGGUCCAGAAUUCCAUGAGCCGACACCCAACAUGUUGGCCUAUCUUAAGGAGCAAGGAAAAAUCAUACCAAGGGAGGAGCUUGAGAAAAUCUUGGCCAAAGAGAAGACUCAAGAACUUGAGAUUACAGAUAUCGAUGAAGCUAUGGCAAGUGCGGUUGACAUAGGAGAGGAUGAUGACGAGGAAGAUAGUGAGGAUGAAGAAGAGGAGGAGAAAAUUAACCGCAACUGGAGCGUUUUGAAAACUACUACUCGGCUUCACAAGUCAAAGGAAAAACCAAAAAAGAAAGGUGCAAUGACACUAGAAGAGGCUAUAGAUGAUUCAGAGAACUUGACUGAUUUCCUUAUGGACUUUGAUGAAGAACAAUGAUGUUUGUACUUUGCUGCCAACAGUCUGUGACUGAUUUUAAUCAUGAAGAGCACCAGGAAGAAAGAGUUAUGGUAAAUCUGAUCACUGGAUUGCAGUUUUUGACAAAAAUAAGUUGAUCAACUGUUGAUGCCAACAGUAUGAGCAUGUUGCAGUUCUCGUGGUAUAAAUGCUAUGCAAGAGCUUUCUACAUGUUUCUUGAGUCAAAUGAGAGGGCACAACUGUGGAAUUUGUUGCUGCUGCAUAUACAACAGGAGCUUCUGUGGAUUCUUUAUGGUCUCACAAUGGAAAUCUUACACCUUGCUUGUCGUUGUUAAUGAAAUAUUACAGGAUUCCUGGUUCCUUGAAAAGGUUAUAGACUAGGUGGCUGGAGCAUUGAUGAGUAUCCCAGUCUUAACUGUCCAAGCCACUGCUAUUGUUCCAAUCUCUCUGAUGAACUCUAGACAAGUUGUCUCUGCAUAAUUGAAGUAUUCUAAUUAUUUGUAGGUUUUUUGGUGAAC